CCCCUGUUGUCCAUCACUAGGUGGCGGUGUUGGUCACCUAGGCAACAGGAAGUUAAAUAACAUCCACAUCACAUCCGUGAAUCUGAACAGCAACAAACAGGGUCUGAGGCAGUCCCAUCAAACUUCUGCUCAGACAGUGUGUAGAUGCCAUCUGGAGCUCCAUCAGGGGAGAACUGUCUCGUAGACAUGGACAGCAAGGCUGGAGAUCUGUUCGGUGCUGAGGAUGCUCAUCCUACUGGCACAGGUGGAGCUGGGAUCUUGUCAAAGCUCUGGCUCCCCAAAGGCUUCUCAGUCAGUAUGGCUAAAGAGUGGGUCGACAGGCGUCGAUUGUCCAUUCGACCUUGGGCCAGCUUCGUGGAUCAACGCAAGUUUUCGAAACCCCGCAACUUUGGGGAGGUGUGUCAGAGGGUGGUGAAAAACGUGGACACUUUCAACAGCAACUAUACCUUCAUCUUCAUGGGUCUCAUCCUCUACUGCAUUAUCAGCUCUCCCAUGCUACUGAUUGCCUUGGCUGUGUUCGUUGGUGCCUUCUACAUAAUUCACCUCAAGUCCCUGGAGUCCAAAUUGUCUCUCUUCGGCAGGGAGCUGACUGUCCCUCACCAGAUGGGUCUGGCUGGAGCUGUUUCUCUACCUGUGUUCUGGCUGGCCGGAGCUGGAGCUGCAGUCUUUUGGGUUCUGGGAGCGACGCUGUUUGUGAUUGGCACACACGCUGCGUUCCGCGAGCUGGAGGGAUCCGACAUGGAAGAGCUCCUCAUGGAGCCCGUGUGAGGAGCGGGCUGAACCCUCAGCGGGCGCCGGUCGACGAUCAGUCACCGCUUUGACCCUGUAAUCACAACAGCACAGAGGGGUUGAGGAAGAACUGCUCCUCGAUCUGUUCCUUAGCUACAUAUGUGUCCUGUAUUCCCUGUAUUAUAGUGUCUUGUCUCUAAGGUAGUUGUUGUUACAGACUGUAUUGCCUUUUAGUCAUUCAUACACAUAACUUGCCAUAUGCACAAAUGAUUGAUCUGUUAAUAAGUAUUUAAACACAUUAUGAUACAUGAUGAUAUGCCUUUCGCUACAUAUGUUAUACCUUGGAUGCCUCUGGUUUGUGUCAAAUAGCCUCUCGCUCCCUGUAAUACCCCUUAUACAGUCAGUGACAUAUCUUUCAACUCAUUCAUCUCUGUGCUGUUGAUAUCUUCAGAAAUAGCUUCUGUGUCCAAACCAUCUGACAAGAUUGCUGCUUUAAUGGAUAAUGGAUACAGUGAAUGCAAUGUUUGUAAUUCUAAACUGCUAUUAAAAAAAAGAUUAAUUUUCUAAAGGAAAAGUGACAUUUAAAGCUUUAAAAAUAUGCCUCUUAUAAUAAUAAUAAUAAUGCACAAAGAAAACUAUUCAACAAAUUUGGUGUCUCAGCUAGGGUACUGAACAUAGAUUGAUGAGAAGACAUAUUUAAACAUCAGUACAUAUUAAUGUUUUAUAUUGGGGAUAAUAUGGUACUUUGGUGACUGUAUGCAUAUUAUUUAUCAGCUCUGCUUACAGCAUUCAUAUCUGAAGGUCAUUUUGUAAACAUGAAAUAUUUCUUUUUUUGAAAUUCAUUAUUCAUAUGUUUAGAUUUUGAUGUAAGUUGGGUGUUUUUGUAUUUAAAUGGCAUUUUGGAAGUGCAAUAAACCCCUGGUGUAAAGAUA